CGCAUCGCAUCCACUCGUCAUACACAACCCAUCUUCGGCAACUCCUCAAGACUGCCCAACAUGGAUUCUUACGACGCCGAGAAGGCCGCAGAGCUGAAGAAGCGCAGAGCUUUCCGCAAGUUCUCUUUCAGAGGAGUCGAGCUGGACGCUCUCCUCGAUCUCCCAAACGAGGAAUUCGUCAGCCUUUUGCACUCCCGUGCCCGUCGUCGCAUUGGCAGAGGUCUUAAGCGCAAGCCGAUGAACCUCAUCAAGAAGCUGCGCAAGGCCAAGAAGGAGGCUCCCCCCAACGAGAAGCCUACCAUGGUCAAGACCCACUUGCGCGACAUGAUCAUCGUCCCCGAGAUGGUCGGUUCCGUCAUCGGUGUCUACAACGGUAAGAUCUUCAUGCCCAACGAGAUCAAGCCCGAGCAGAUUGGACACUACACUGGCGAAUUCUCCUGCACAUACACUCCCGUCAACCACGGAAAGCCAGGACCUGGUGCUGUUCUCCGAUUCGUUCCCACCAAGUAAAUGCUUGGGUUCAAGCCGACAAAAGGUGGCAUUUUAGUCACCAAUGUACACUUCACGCACUGCUGGUUUUGACUUGAACCAGGACACAUAUGCAAGCGCUUUGGCGUAUUUCACGCAACUAAGACUAGUCUCGAGCUA